AGAAAAGAGAGAGAGAGAGAGAGAGAGUCAGUGAGUGAGUGAACUUCAAGUGUUCUCCUCUCUGACUCUUUUUUUGCCUUUUCCAACAGGAACAUUUUUUUUUAAAUUAGUUUCUUCUUAUAUCUGGUUCUGAAUACGUUGAAAUAUCAACUCUGUGGAGUAGAACCAACACCAACAACAGGAACAAAACCAGAACACAAAGCUAAAGUCGUCUGAACAAAAUGACGAGCAUCGGUGUUGGCGCUGCGCUAACCGUCCUCCUGCUCUUCAUCUCCCCUGUGGAUGCUGGUGACGGUGGUGUAGAAUUUUGGAUGGAACAUGUCACAAUGACAUGUCCAGAAGCAGGGAAGUGGUAUGAAAAAGGAAAUUCAGAGAUGAAAGACCUAGAGGGGAAUAAGACAUAUGUUUUCAAGUAUGAAAACAGAAAGAAAGGCCUUUACCACUGUGUGAAUGAAGAAGACACAAAGUAUUACUUCUACGUGCAAGGAAAAGCGUGUGAGAACUGCUUCGAGCUCGACCCUCUGUUGUUUGGAUUGGCCAUCAUUGUGGACGUGAUCGGGACGGUGUUUGUGAUAAUGAUUAUCUACACGUGUGGCAAAAAGAGACGCUCAGAUGGACCGUCCAAUGCUUCCACAGCACCUGCUCGCAGAGGAGGCCGAGCUCCACCUCUCCCAUCUCCUGACUAUGAGCCACUCAACCCUCACACACGCAACCAGGAUCCAUACUCUACGGUGAGCAGGACUGGAUAAACGACGCCUCGAAUGACUCGACUGAAAAACAACCAACUUACAUGAGCAGAAAUCAUACUCCAAGGACUGUGCACACAUCGGCUUUGGUGUUUAAAGUGUUGCUUUAACCUAAUGGAAAAAACAGUUGUAUAUAUUUUUUUACUUAAUCCUGGUAAUUAAGGCUUUAAUUGUCCAGGUAUUUGGCCACCACUGUGGUUCAACAGGACUGAAUCAGUUGGUCCAUGUUCAUAUUUCAUAGCGUGUCAUUGAGGGGGAAAGUGUUUUGUUUUUAAUUCAGAGUCUAUUUGAUCGGAUUUUCCCCAGAUGUACAUUACGGUAUAUCAAAACAUUUGAAACUUCCUUCGGUAUCAAGUGUUCCAGAAAAAUAUCAUCUUCACCUUUGACCUCAGUUUACGGCACAAAAAGUCACAUUUCUUUUCGCUCGAGUAUUAGAUGUGUUUGGAUCAUAAAGAUACAGCGAUUUCACAUAUCCACUCCUGAAAAUAUCUGAAAAAAACCUAGAUAAUUUCAGAUAUUGCUCUGCUCUGCUCUGGAGAUUUUCCCGACCUGUCUGUUCACACAUGCUCCUCACAGCUGGAGACUAUCGCUGUCAGACGGGUGGGGGUCUCCUGAGGUAAGACGUGAUGUAAAAAAAACAAGGAGGAAGUAGGGGAUGAAGCAACAGAGUCCACUAUACGACGCUAUAGUGAGAAUAUUUGUCUUAUCAUAUCACUGCUAUGUGUGUCGUCCAACGGAAUGACAACAUCCACGAGAGCGUAGAACGAUAUACUGUCAGAACAGAAAACAUAAAGCAGCCUUUUAAUUACGUGCACAGAGAUCGUAGCGCCCGUGUGCAGACACUCUAUGCACCGUGCGGCAGUCACAGUAUAUAAACGUCACUCCCCCAUCCUAUUGGCUCGAGCUAAAUUCUCUGGAGAAUAUCCUGCUGCGUUCUCACAUCAGUCCACUCAGACUUGAAGCAGAAAAAGUACCAGGGGUCUGGCAGGAGAACAGGAGUUUUUCAGGAGAUUUUUGCAAGUGUGAAAUCCCUUAUAGACUUAUUAAUGUGGACAUUGAGUGUUUUAAUAUAUAUAUACUGUACAUAUACCAUCUUAUUUACAAUGAUGUCACAGUUACAUCCUCAUUUCUAUUGUUAUCUUAAAUAAAUAGGAACUUGUUUUUUUAUUGUUUUAUGUCCAACACAUUGUAAAAACAGCGUUUUACCUACCAUUAAAUAAUACGAUCAUCAA